AUGCUGAUGUCCCCGUUUCCACUGCAGGUGCUAGUGAAUAUCGGAAGCAACUUCGACUCGGAAAGAAGCACUUUUAUAUCGCCCAGGAAAGGGAUUUACAGUUUUAAUUUUCACGUGGUGAAAGUGUACAACAGGCAAACGAUCCAGGUGAGUUUGAUGCUAAAUGGGUGGCCAGUGAUUUCUGCCUUUGCAGGGGAUCAAGAUGUGACCCGAGAAGCUGCCAGCAAUGGAGUCCUGAUUCAAAUGGAGAAAGGAGACAGAGCUUAUCUAAAACUGGAGAGAGGAAACUUGAUGGGAGGCUGGAAGUAUUCAACGUUCUCUGGAUUUCUGGUGUUCCCUCUUUAAAUAACUUAUUAUCUGAACAGAGAGAAAGCAGCAAGUCAGAAUUUCUUACAAAUUCCCAAAUUGUAGCUGGGUAUGUAAAGCCUUGGACAGCAAACUUUUUACAUUCAAAUAUUAAAGAAGCUAAAUCCUGCUUAGGUUUGUGUACAUCUGCUUUGAAGAAUUAUUUUUGUUGUUGCAGCCAACAUAUAGGAAAUACUAUAAUUGAUCAUAUCUCCAUUUAUUCCUCUCCUCCCAAAUUAGUUAAAAUCUGUGUAUCACUGGUGUAAUUUGCCAUCAUAUCUCCCAAUGAUUCCCGUAUCAUACUAUGAUACCUCCAGUAUUUACACUGCUCUUCAUAUUUUGUAGUUUUGUUUUUAAAACAUGUUAUUCUUGACUCUUUAUCUGAGUUUAACUUUAGAAAGGCAAAGUAUUUUUGAGUACAGAGAUGCCUCGAUGAGAGAGAAAAUGCAAAUCUUGCUGUGUACUGGCUGGCAAAAGUUUAAAAGAGAGAGAAAUUUAUACAUGAAGAACUAUUCACAGUCAAGGCUGACUAGAGUAUUUCAAUAUUUCUAUGUAAUUCUGAGUGAUUGUGGAAUAUAAGGCUGCUAAAUGUUUUGAUGCUUGUUUAGCUCUUGUAAAAUGUGGCCCAACUAAACUCCAGGAAGUAUAUCGAACUUUUACUAUUAUUCUGUAAUAUAGGUGUGAAUAUCAAAAAUUAAUUUUUGCUUUAAUUCAAUAAAGUUUAAAUGGGACUUUUAUUAUUCUUAAACAGAAAAUAAGUUUUCUCAAUGGGAAUAUUAGCCUCGUAUCAGGCUUACAAAAAGUUUAGGAAGCUGCAGGAGCAAACAGUUGUAAUAGUGAUGAGCUGGACAAUAAGUGAAACAAAAUGUAAUUUUGAAGCUAGCUUGCCUUGUUAUAUUUUCCCCCCUUUGCAACUGUUACUCGCGCCUUUUUCCGCCGCCUCUAGCGCUGUAUCCUGGUUGUGUUGCGCACUGUUUCAAAUUGGGUUAAAAUAAUUAAUUUCAUCUGAUCGUCAUCAACCAAACUCAAUUUAAACUCUGAGGUUCAGAUUUCCCUAGUGAUAAAGUACCCCAAAUAUGAGAAACAUGCAAACCAAACUAAGCUAUGGCUGAGAAAUCGCCCACACAAUCGUAGAUCUAUAUUGUUUAUACCAUUGUCUGUAUUAUAUUCUAUAAAUCAAAUCUCAUUUUAUACAGCCGUCUAAAAAUCUUACAAUGUAUACUUCAAGGCUAGUAUUAUUUAUUUGCUAGUAUUAUUUUGUUUACAGUCUUUGAAAUAUGUAAAUGCUAUAAUUUUGAAGUACUCAAAGAGAAUACUACUUUUAUUAAAAAGGUACGUAAAGGAUUUUGAUUGUAUGGAAACCUAAUGUGAAAUAAACCAGUGUAAUAAACAAAUGGACUUUUUUUGA